AUGUAUGAGCCGCUCAACGUCAUGUUCGAAAAAUCCCUUUACGACCUCAUUCGAGGCCUACGAAACCACAAGGGCAACGAGCGCGAAUACAUCCAGAACAGCCUGAAAGAAUGUCGCGCCGAGGUUCGCAGCCAGGACAUGGACCUCAAGGCCACGGCCCUCAUGAAGCUCGUGUACCUCGAAAUGGUCGGCCAUGACAUGUCUUGGGCCUCGUUCCACGUCCUCGAGGUCAUGUCCUCGCCCAAGUACCACCAGAAGCGUGUCGGCUACCUCGCCGCUGUGCAGAGCUUCCGCCCCGACACGGAGGUUCUUAUGCUGGCCACGAACCUCCUGAAGAAGGACCUAGCCUCGCCCCAUGCGACAACCAUCACUCUGCCCAUGGCCACGCUGCCACACAUCAUCACACCCUCCCUCGCCCUCUCUACCCUCUCCGACCUGCUGCCGCGCCUCAGCCACUCGCACCCCAACAUCCGCAAGAAGGUCAUCGUCACCCUGUACCGAUUGGCUCUCGUCUACCCCGAGACCCUGAGGGCCGCCUGGCCCAAGAUCAAGGAACGCCUCAUGAACAAGGACGAGGACCCCAGCGUCACGGCUGCCAUUGUCAAUGUCGUCUGCGAGCUGGGCUGGCGGCGGCCCCACGACUUUUUUUUUUUGGCGCCGAGGCUGUUUGAGCUGCUCGUCGAGGGCGGCAACAACUGGAUGGCCAUCAAGCUGAUCAAGCUGUUUGCCACCCUGACGCCGCUCGAGCCGCGGCUCGUCCGCAAGCUGCUGCCACCGCUGACCGAUCUCAUCCGCACGACGCCCGCCAUGUCUCUUCUCUACGAGUGCAUCAACGGCAUUAUUCAGGGCGGCAUCCUGGGAAGUGCGGACGACGGCAGCGAAGAGAUCGCCACCCUCUGUGUGAACAAACUCAGGGGCAUGAUCAUGGUCGAUGGUGAUCCGAACCUCAAAUACGUCGCUCUCCUGGCCUUCAACAAGAUUGUCUUGACACAUCCCUUCCUCGUCGCACAGCAGGAGGACGUCAUCCUCGAGUGCAUCGAUAGUCCCGACAUUACUAUCCGAAUAAAGGCCCUCGACCUCGUCAAGGGCAUGGUCAGUGGAGACAACCUCGUCUCUGUCGUGAGCCGUCUCAUGAAGCAACUGCGGUCUUCGACACCGCCUAAGAACCGACAGAACGCCGGUGCUCCCCUGGGGCCCGACUCAGCGCCCGACUCGGAGGAAGAGGCUGAGGUCAUCAACCCCAAAGCAAAGGAGAAGGGCCAGGCGCCGCCACUGCCGGACGACUACCGCAUCGAUGUCAAUGGAAGGAUCCUCGACAUGUGUGCGCAGAACAACUAUGCGAACCUCGUCGACUUUGACUGGUACAUUGAUGUCUUGACACAGCUUGUGCGCAUGGCUCCGGCGCCGAGGUCUGUGGGCACAGAGCUCGAAUCUGCCUCGUCUUACGGAAGCUCGACGUCGGGCGACAUUUCUGAAAAGAUUGGCGACGAGCUGCGCAAUGUCUCUGUCAAGGUCAUGGCCAUGAGGCGAUCCGUCGUCAUGGCGGCGGACCUCAUCUUGACGCAACUCAACGCCGAUACGCCGCCGGGCCACUUCAUCACAUCCGCGUCCAUCAAGUCGAUUGCUUGGAUUAUCGGAGAGUACCCCAUCAUGCUCUCUUCCACAGACGACUCCCUGACGACACUAUUACAAACAAUCCCGAGGACCAACGUUCCGGAGAUACUCAUCACCUGCCUACAGGCUGUCGCCAAGGUCUUCGCUUUUAUCGCAAGUAACGACAGACAACUGUGGACGCCAGAGUGGAAGUCAAGGAUAACACUGCUCAUGGCCCGCGUCAUCAAUAUUUUUGAGCCUCUAGCCCUGCACCCAAGCCUCGAGGUGCAGGAGCGGGCAGUCGAGUUUAUCGAGCUCCUCAAGCUCACGGCUGAAGCUGCGUCAGGGCACGCCAUAUCAACAGAUGAAGCCGAGCAAGACCCCCCACUCCUUCUUACCCAAGCGAUACCUUCGCUCUUCCAGGGUUGGGAGCUCAACUCUGUCGCGCCAGGCGCGCAGAGAAAUGUCCCCGUCCCCGAGGGUCUCGAUCUCGACGAGCCCAUUCACUCAAAUCUCAAUGCUUUGCUGGCGAGAGCAGACUUUUUGCCGGCCAGCACCGAAGAGGCGGACGACUUUGAGGUCUACUACCACCAACGCCCUGCACCAACGAGCGUCUCCUCUUCAGAGCCGGCUAUCAACAGAAUCGCAGAUGUCGCAACCGAGGAGAACGUGUCGUCGUACCAGCAGCCGACAGAAGACACGUACCUCGACGCUGACAUCAUCGCUCGCCGCAAGGCCGAGCGCCAGGAACGCAACCGCGACGACCCCUUCUACAUUGGCGGCCUCGGCUCCGGCUCCGGCUCCGGCGGCGCCUCGACACCUAUCCACAACAUUCUCCAGAGGGAAAACGGCCCGGACCUCGAUAUUGACUCGAUCCCCAUUAUGCAGCUGGACCUCGACAAGCUCGGCACCUCUGCGCCGACGUCCUCUUCCUCUCAGCAGCAGCACCACCUCCAGCAAAGGCCACCGCCGCGGCCCCGCCAGCGCGUCGUUGUCGCCGCAGACGAGACGCUCGCGGGUGCGGCGGCAGGGGCCACGAGCGGCCUCUCGACGCCCCGUGCCUACGAGUCGGAGAACAACUCGGACAGCUUCACGCGCAGCCGCGCCAAGAAGCUCCGCCAGGGCCUCCUUCACGUCGACUCGUCGCACAUUGGCACCUUUAGUCUCGAAGGCGACAAUGACGCCGCCACGGCCGGGGGCGCCGGUGCCGGUGCCCAGGCGAACCCGUACGACUACGAGAGGCAGCAGCGCGAGGAGGCCGAGAUGGCGCAGGCCAUGAAGGAGGUCGAGAGGCUGCGGCUCGAGAUGCAGCGCGCCAACGAGCGCAUCUCGGUUCGCGCAGGGGCGUCGAUGCCGAGGGCACCGUCGUCAAAGCGCAAGGUCAAGAAGAAGAGCAGCGCCGCGGCCUGGGGGACGGCACGGCCGUCAAGAAGAACGACCAAGAAGAAGAAGAAGGUCGAUGGGGCAGAGACGCUGAUCGAAGGAGACGCGGCGACGGGGGCAGUCGAUGGAAACGGCGAACCGGCGGUCGUGGUGGCCAAGAAGAAGAAAAAGAAGAAGGCGCCGGUUAUCAUUACGGACGACGCCGAGGCGCAGACGGGGGAAAGGUCAUGA